UUCUAACCACGACUUAAUCCAAACGUGAAAUUAUUCGCAGCUUAAGCCGAUAAGACUGAAUUCUAUCGACGGACAAAAAAUUAUUUCCAUAAAGCGUAUUAAACUGUCGUGUGUAAUUUACGAACUCCUCUGACCAAGCGGCUUCUGAACGUAACAAAACAAUAAUAAUAAUAAUUUGUCAACGUCUUUAUUUUACAAACGAACAAAUAAAAUGAAAAUCGCCGAAGGCCGGUCUUAAGAGUCUCGAGCAAAGACGGUGUAGUGUGGACGAUCGAUAUUCGCGUGAGGCACACACAGUUGUUUUCUGCGCACCUUAAUUCUUCGCAGUAAUCGCCGUGGACGAUUUGUUUAAAUUACACAAAGACCGAGUUUAUUGCGAAAAAUAAUAGUAAUAACAAAAGAAACAUGUUUUAGAACUUGUAAUUGUUUAAUUAACAAACGGUGAGCUAACGGCGCAAGGGACGCUCGUGCCUACGGAAUAAUAAACUGGCAGUUUCAUUAAAAACAUCGGAACGGGGAAGAAAAGAAAACCAUGCGAACGUUUAUUGUUAUUCGUUGUUUAGGGAAAUGUAAUUUCGUUAAUUGAACUGGCUCGAUGCCCCGAGAAGGACUUUGGGCACUCGCCUCAUAGUCACCCAAAACGGUGUAAGCACCGCGGGUAGACGGCGAUGACUACACCUCGUUCUGUUGUCGCCGUGAAAUGACUCUCAUUUUGUUCAAACUUACCGAUUCCGAAGACGGAUUCGACGAAAAUGGAUCCCAAAUUCAACGGCACGUUACAAAACGUAACAGCCACGGUUGGCAGAAGGGCCACUUUAUCAUGCACCAUCGAAAAUCUAGGGGCGCACAAGAUCGGUUGGAUGAAAGCCGAAGAUCAAACAAUAUUAACGUUUCAUGAACGUGUAGUAGCUUCAAACGGUCGAUUCAGCGUAAGUCAUGAGAAUUACAGAACUUGGUAUUUACAUAUAAGAGAUGUGGAAGAAACUGACAAAGGCUGUUACAUGUGCCAAGUUAACACAAUGGAAAUGCAAAAACAAAUCAGCUGUUUAGACGUUUUAGUUCCGCCGGAUAUAAUCACCGACGAGUCGAGCCCAGACCUAACGCUGAUGGAAGCCGAGAACGCGACCCUGUCGUGUCACGCCACCGGCAAUCCUGAACCCAAAAUAACGUGGAGACGCGAAAACAACCAGCCGCUGAUGCUGCGCACCGGUUCCAGGGACUUGGUCAAACACAAUUCGUAUGUCGGUAACGACCUGAAACUUUGGCGGCUUGACAGAAGACAGACCGGCGUUUACUUCUGCAUAGCCAGCAACGGUAUACCACCCGCAGUCAGCAAAAGGAUAACGCUCAGCGUUUACUUUCCACCCGUAAUUGCGGUACCCAACCAACUACUGGGAGCGCCAAUAGGCACAGACGUGACGCUCGAAUGUCACGUGGAAUCCUAUCCAAAAUCUAUCAACUAUUGGGUCAGAAAUCGAACAAAAAUGUUGAUGGACGGGCCCAAGCACAUUCUACGAGAAACAAUAUCCGGCUACAAGGCUGCGUACUACAUUGUUAUCAAGAUGUUCGACCAAUCAGAUGUGGGAACCUACAAUUGCAUAUCAACUAACUCCAUUGGAAACUCUGAAGGCACGCUAAGGGUGUAUGAGCUCCAGGGUGACAUACCCAUUGGCAAGAGCUCAAAGAACAAAGUUGCCAGAUCGUCGGCGUGUCCGAAGCACAUGCACAUCGUCACAGUGGCCGCGUUGACCGCGGUCUGGGCCAAAGCUAUCGGUUGAAUAUCUCGUUACGCCGUCGUCAAAGAAUAAAAUACACUAAUCAGAUAUUUUCAAAUCGAUUAAUAAAACUUUUUUUUGUAUAAAUGAAUAUCUACUCGCCAAUUUAGGUAUUCGCUCAUCAACAGACUGGAUGUCUACUGUGAUCGUAUUCGUUGUAUAUUUGCCAAUAUAAUAUAAUGACAUUGUGUUUCGUGUCGUAUUAGGGACUUAAAGUGUAUGUAUUUUUAUUUCCGUUAUCAAAAUGUAUUAUGAUUAUUUUUUAUGUACCUGCGUUAGAAAGAGACAACUGACCGCCCGGACAACAGUCGUGAACACAAAUCGUUUAUCUACGACUAUAUUAUUACCAUUAACUAAAUAUAAUAUUAUAUAAAAUUGUUGUAAUCGUACUUAUACCUACUUACCAUAGUAUCGUCUUUUUUCGUGAACACGGUGCGGUCUUGAUGAACUUUUGUAAAAGAAUAAUCGUUUUCAACGCCGCUGCCGUCGAUUUGUUUCUUCGUUAUAACUUAUAAUACAUAUUAUUAUUAUUAAUGUAUACACACUAUACACUAUUCUAAUGUUGGCCGACGGUCAAUAUUUCUACAUAACAUUUCUUGAAAACAUGACUAUAUUAUUGAAAUAUUCUAAUUUUACAAAUUGUAAAUAUUAACAAAAUUAUGGAAAUUAUUAUUCCAAGCUUUUGGAACACUGUAUUUAUGCAUGUUACAUUUAGCAAAUUAAUUUGAAUAAAACAAAUGUUUCAAAUACUUAAAAUUUUACCCAACAUUGUUUCAGUUAUUAGUUGUUACUUCAUUG